CGUGUUGACGCUGACGAGAGGGGAAGGGCUCAUACCCCCGCCCUCCCUCAUCACAGACCAGCCUUACUUUGACUCCUCCAUGUUGGUGAAUCAGACAGCACACGUGGGGAGGCAGGCGGAGCUCCACUGUCGCGUUCACUCCAUCGGGAACAGAACGGUGUCAUGGAUCCGAGGGCGGGACCUGAGGAUCCUGACGGUGGGGCGCUACACCUACACGACAGAUCUUCGCUACGAGGCGCUGCACCAGAACGGAACCAACCAGUGGACUCUGAGGAUCCAGUCAGUCCAGCCACGAGACCAGGGAACCUACGAGUGUCAAGUUAGCACCAAGCCCGUCAAGACCUUCACCACCUACCUGAGGGUGCUCGAGCCCCGCGGAGAGAUCCUCGGCGCACCGAAUCUCUACGUGCAGAAGGGCAGCAUGAUUAACCUGACGUGUGUGCUGCAGGACCUGCCCGAGCCGCCUCUGUACGUGCGGUGGUACCACAGCAACAACCACUACACCAACAGGAAUAUCAGCUACAGCAGCAGUCGUGGGGGCGUGUCCAUAAUCGUCGAGAAGGGCCCCACCACCAUCAGUUACCUACUAAUUACCUCGGCCCGCGUGGGGGACAACGGCGUGUACAGCUGCGUUGCCUCUAACCUCAACGCCACCUCCGUCACGCUGCAUGUCCUCAAUGGAGAGCAUCCAGCGGCCAUGCAGACCAACAGGGGGUCUUCUCCUUCCAAAGGCCCUCUACUGUUGAUCGCUAUUAUCGCCAAAAUGCUGUGGCAUGGACGUCUACAGGGCACUUAGGAAUUAGGUUGAUAGGAGCCAGACGCCUAUGGUCAGGCAUGUUUGGCUGCUACGUGUGGGUGACCAACACUGAGAGCUACAGAGGCGUACUGGCCAGUGGGGAUGGCAUACAGCAGCAGCUGGAGCACGUCAGGGGCGUUGGCACCAACCCCAACUAUGACUGGAAAAGGACUGGCAGUCUGUUCCUGGUGGGGCUGAGCCAUGGAUCCCACACCAUAUCUUCUAUCUGUGGCCUGACAACAGCUCCUGAAAUUUGACUGCCAACUGUGUUGCCCAUCCACUGUGGGAGAGGCAUCCCCAUCCAAGCAAAGGUACAUUACUUAUUGGAGUUGCAACACCUAGUAGUGUUUACAGUGCACCACAGCUCCAAUAUAACAACAACACUGCUCACGUGACAAUCAGUUAUGCCUGUAGCACAGAAAAAAAAUUGUAAGCGUCUGAAAAGUUGGUCAGUACACUGGCAGGGACAAUCAUAUUGUUUAAUUUAAGAAAAGAUUCUUCUUUUUCUUCCUAGUUAUUGAACCGGUUUUAUAAGACCUAUUAAUAUACAAUUCUUGCACCUUUUGUGCCAAUUCAACAACUUUGAAUAAAAUUUUAUCAUUA